GUGAAAUGCUUCUGGAAGAUGCUGGCGUUUCAGCGUGGUCCAGAGGCUUGUGAUGGUCGUGAGAUUUUGUAUCUCAAUGUGGAUGAAACAAGUGUGCCCUACACUGCACGACCUGCUAUUGGUUGUGUGAUCAACCGCAAGCAGUACAAGGGCUCCGGCCUCCCAGCCGUGCCCCACGCCAAAAUCCAGCCUGCCGGCAGGCUGAGCAGCAAGGUAGUGAAGGCCUUCAAGUGCUUGCCGAAGACCCAAUUGCAAGUGCUUCGCCGGAAGAGUGCGUGGGUUACCAGUGAUUUGAUGAUCGCAAUCUUGCAAGAAGUGGCAAAAGAAUUAGAACCGUUUUUGCAUCAAUUUAGGCACCCAGCCGCCGAUCGGCUGGUUUCGCUCAAAACACAGCGGCAGAACCUGAAGCGGCAGCUCCAGCAAGCGAACCGUGAGGUUCGCAAUGAGGAGAAAAAGCGACAGAGACUCAUGCGGCGCGCUGGCAAGUUGAGCUCUGCUGAUCUCACCUGGCUGCUGGCGCGUCGAGUGCAAUCUGAGCAGUCUGAGCAGAUGUCCACAUAG